AGGGAGAAUAGAACCAUGACGUGGAUAAUAACUGGGGAGUUGGGAGAGGUACUAACAGGUGUUGCGGGAGAACGCGGAAAGUCCAGUCAGAAUACAGGGAGCGCUCCUAGUGUUCUGCCAGUAUCAGCCAUGGUGUCGACAGGACUGGUACCUGUGCUGGUGUGUCUGUGCGUCUUCUGGAGUCUCAGCGAGGCGCAGGAGCGGCUAGAUCUCUACGACGGUGAUAUCUGCAAGCAGGCAGGAGGAAAGACAUGGACCUGCAAGCCGGUGAGGAGUUGUCCCAAGGCUAUUCAAGACCUUCGGAAGAAUAAACGACCUCAGCAGUGUCGCUUCUCAUCCUCUCAGCCAGUAGUCUGCUGUGAGCCUUUAGAUAGUCCGAAGCCACCUCCGAGCCCGAAACCCCCUAGCCUUCCGAGCCCCAAACCCCCUAGAUUUCCGAGCUCUUCGAAGCCGGGAUCUAAGAGCAAACAGAAAUGUAAAGAAUACGCAGAGUACGUGUACGUCAAGACUCAGGGCUUCUUCGGCAAUGAAGUCAAGUACGACACCUGCGCGAUAGUAGAACCUCUCAUCACUAAAGGCAAGGACGCACAAUCUCGAGAAUAUCCACACAUGGCUUUGAUAGGGUACGGUAAGAGAAAUGCUAUCGAGUGGCUGUGCGGCGGUAGCUUGAUCAGCAAGAGGUUUGUGCUUAGCGCUGGUCACUGCACUGACAGCGGAUCCAAAGGACUGGCCAGGUGGGUGCGACUAGGAGAGUAUGACGUAUCCACCAAGUCAGAUGAGAAACAAGGUCUGGCCCAGUCAGAAGAGUACGAGAUCAUAGAGAGAAUCAACCAUCCAUACUACCAAGGUCCUAGCGUGUACAAUGACAUCGCUCUGUACAGGCUGAGCAGGGAAGUUGAAUUCAACGAGUACAUCAGACCAAUCUGUCUCCAUACAGAGGACCAGUCCUACAAGGAUUUCGCCAUUGCUACUGGAUGGGGUCGUAUUGAAUGGGGAGGCAAAGGCAGUGAUGUGCUGCAGAAAGUGAACCUAACAAUUACGGAAGCAGAUAAGUGCAUAGAAGCUUUCAAGUUGGCAAAAUGUCCCAAGCUAUGCAACGGUAUAGAAGAAUCUUCCCAGUUUUGUGCCGGAGACUUGAUGAACGGUGGAGACACCUGCCAGGGUGAUUCUGGCGGGCCUCUGCAGGUACGCCUGACGACUCCUUACUGCAUGUAUAGCCAGAUAGGCAUUACCUCCUUCGGCGUCAAAUGUGGCGGGAACAAGCCUGGUGUCUACACAAGAGUUUCCAAAUACAUAUCCUGGAUAGAAAGUAUCUUGCCGAUCACACUAUCCUGCAUUCUGCAACACCAUCCAAGAGGAUGGCGAGUAUUUGACGUAGACGUUGAGCGGUCACCCGCGCCGCGUAGUAACCAGUCAACGCGGAAAGUCCGGUUAGUAUUGUCAGUGUCAGCCAUGCUGUCGAGAGUGUUGGUGUGUCUCUGCGUGUUCUGGGGCCUCUGCUCGGCGCAGCGGCUAAACCUCUAUGAAGGUGAUAUUUGUAAACAAUCAGAAGUAGGUCUCUGGACUUGUAAAGCAAUACGGGAGUGCCCGAAAGCGAUACAAGAUCUGAGAAGAGGCAAGAGGCCUCAGCAAUGUAAUUUCCGUGGGUCUCAGCCUGUGGUCUGCUGCGAACCUUCUCAGAGGCAGCCGGAGAGAGGUGGCAAGAGUAAAGAGAUGUGCAAGAAGUAUGCAGAGUCUGUUUACAUUAUUCUACCGGAUCCAAUUGGAAGUGGAACCUUCAAAUACGAUACCUGUGCAGUAGUAGAACCUCUAAUCACCAAUGGGAAAGAUGCAGAAGCCAGGGAAUAUCCUCAUAUGGCUCUAAUUGGAUACGGGAACAAGAACUCAAUCAGCUGGCUCUGUGGCGGAAGCCUCAUCAGUGAGAGAUACAUCCUAAGUGCUGCACACUGCACUGAUUCUGGUUCCAAAGGACUUGCAAGAUGGGCAAGGUUAGGUGACUAUAACAUCCAGUCAAAGAGGGAUGACCAGAGUGGAUUGGCUCAGUCUGUAGAGUAUGAGAUCAUAGAAAGAAUCAACCAUCCAGAGUAUCGCAGUUCCAGUGUAUAUUACGAUAUCGCCUUGUACAAGCUAAAAAGGAAUGUAGAUUUCACUGAAUACAUCAGACCGAUCUGCCUACAGACUGAGCAUCAGUUUCCCAAGACCUACGCCAUUGCCACAGGAUGGGGCCGGACUGAAUGGGGUGGCAGAGGGAGUGAUGUUUUGCAGAAAGUGAACCUGACGAUUACUCCGAGAAAAGAAUGCAGUGACGCUUUCAGGACAGCGAUUGGAGAGAAACUGAGGAACGGUAUACAGGAUGCUUCACAAAUGUGUGCAGGAGAUGUUGCGAACGGACGUGACACUUGUCAGGGAGAUUCCGGAGGACCACUCCAACUCCGGUUGAAGGAUCCAUAUUGCAUGUACAGCCAGAUUGGCAUCACUUCCUUUGGUGCCAAAUGUGCUGGUAAUAAGCCUGGAGUCUACACACGUGUGUCAAACUUUGUACCUUGGAUAGAGAGUAUCGUAUGGCCUUGAAUUCACCUCUGAGGGACCAUACUAACUAGACACUUUGAAAUGUGAUAUUUAUUGUUAUCUAAUAAAUGUUAUCCAAAAUCAA